CUUUUAUCGGCGUUCGUAUAUGCUUCGCUCUACACUUGUCUAGUGCAUGUUCCUCGGAAAGGAUCUUCACAUAGUGGAAAAACUCUUCCGUCUUUCAGAUACGGAAUCUUUCUUUUUAUUGCAACCGACUUUAUCGAUUUUUGUUUUCAAGUAUUUCUUCCUGGAUACACCUGGAUACAUUAUUUUGACUAAAUUGCAAUUGAAGUGAUAUUCUUUCAAACCUAUACUCAGUGACUGAUCGGCCACAUUCAUCAGACUUCUAUUUUGACGAAAUGGUUGCGGAUAAGAAUUUUACUGUGGAAAAUGGCGUUUAUAAAGGACAAGAGACGUAUCAAUCGAAUAAGUACAAAAGCCUCGGAGAAUUAAUGUGGAUUAGCAUUAAAAACCAUGCGGACAAAAUCGCACAUUUAGACGCGCGUACUGAUGAGACAUUUACAUACGCGGUGCUGCAAGAUAAAGCUGUGAGAUUCGCAGUGUGGCUGCAAAAACAAGGAAUUAAAGAAGGUGACGUCAUUAGUGUGUGCACGAGUAAUCAUCCCAAUUCUAUCGUGCCCUGUGUUGCAGCGACUUAUGUCAAUGCGAUCUUCAAUCCGUGGAACGAGGCCAUGGAUCUACCAACCGCGAGGCACGUUUUGCAACUGACUACGCCGAAGGUAAUAGUCUGCAGCGAGAAAUCCGCGGAUGUCAUCUUGAGCGCGAUAAAAGAGAAGAAUUGCAAUCCCGCGGUGGUCGUUUUUGGCAAGCAUGCUGGCACGAUUUCGUUUUCCGAUGUCCUGAAAAACUGCAACGACGCGGAAGCGGCAAGUUUCCGCUACGCUGAACUUGACGAUCCCAAGAAGACUGCGUGCAUCGUGCACUCGUCGGGCACGACGGGGAUGCCAAAGGGCGUCGAACUAUCUAACUAUACUAUGUCACUCAUCAGCGAAGACAACAACCUAGAUAUGACGAAUGUGACAAUGCUUUGGUUCUCAUCUCUUUAUUGGAUCAGCGGAAUAAUGCUGAACGUAAAAGCAAUCGCGCAGGGUGCCACAGUGAUCCUCUAUCCGGAAUUCGACGAGGAGAUGACUUGCAAAUUGAUUGAGAAAUAUAAAGUAGCAAUUCUUUUCCUUAGCACGAGUAUGAUAAAUCGAUUUGUCAGAGCAGGUUACGUAAAGAAUUAUUCAUUACCAUCUUUGAAAGCUAUACUAGGCGGUGGUGCGAUAAUUAAGCCAAAAGUGCAGGAAGAACUAAGACGUUAUUUACCGCACGUUCAGAUAUUGCAGGGUUAUGGAAUGACGGAACUGGGUGGUCUCAUAACGUUGCAACUACCACAUCACAAAAACGGAUCUUGCGGGAUAGUAGCCAACAAUGUGCAAAUAAAGGUCGUGGAUCCUAAAAGUGGAAAAGUGCAGGUUGGUCCGAAUCAGUCAGGAGAAAUAUGGAUAAAAUCUACAAUGAUGAUGAAUGGUUAUUAUAGAAAUCCCGAGGCGACAAAAAGUACGAUUGAUGAAGAAGGUUGGCUGCACUCCGGUGAUAUCGGUUAUGUAGAUGAAGAUGGCGAAUUGUUCAUUAUUGACAGGAUAAAAGAGCUCAUAAAGUAUAGAGGAUAUCAGAUCUCACCCGGAGAAAUCGAGGGUGUCUUAAUAAUGCAUCCAGCAGUGCUGGAAGUUGCUGUAAUAUCUAUACCUCAUGCAAUAGACGACGAACAUCCUCUUGCUUAUGUCACCAAAAAGCCCGGCGCUAAGGAGACGGAGCAAGAAUUGAUAGACUUUGUGGCAAAGAAUAUGAUGGAUCAUUAUAAACUUCGCGCUGGAGUGAUAUUUUUAGAUACGUUUCCGUACACAGGUUCAGGGAAAAUUGCGAGGAAAGAUUUAAAAGAAAUGGCUAAAAAAUUAUUCAAGCACACUAGUUAAUUGUAGCUUUUUAAUAAAUAUAUAUAUAGAGGUAUGCUUCUUCCUAAAAAGUAGAUAUUAGACAUGGAACAGAUUGAUACUUUUUUCUUCAUAAAAGAAUUAUUAGAUUGAUGAAGAUAAUUUUUGAAUUAAAAUAAAAAACUUAGACUUAAGUUAAAUUUUGAAAUAGAAUAAAUCUAGUCUUUAAAAUAAGUCUUAGAAUAAUUACGUAUUAUUUUUAAUGUUGUUACGGGUGAUGAAAAUGUAUUUUAGCAGACGUUUGUAAUGCAGUUUUAUCUGCAUUUACUUAAUGUUACAAUAGCAGGAUACAUUGUAUAACUAUUUAUUUAGUGAAUACUGUAUGUAAGUAAAACUUGAUGAAAGUUAUUUAAUAAUAAGUUUAUGUUUUACAUCGGUAUUAUUUAUUUUAUUCAAAAUAAAGCUAUGAAUGGUUGGAUAUAAAAAUCCAUUAUGAUAUUAUAUCAAAAUCAUGUAUACAUAUAUAAUCAGUUUUAGAAAUUUUUCGUAUAACUUUGCCAUUAUAAACAUAAUUAUGAAAUACGAGAAAAUUGCCAAGAUAUCUUCUCUUAUCAGGAUAUUCUAAGAAGUAACAAAGGCAAAUGUUAUUAUCGCGUAUUUUGUAACCGAAAAUGAUAGGCAAUAAAUAUUUCUGACGUAAGAUAUAA